AUGGUGCCCAUUCAAACCAUAGAGAGAGAUGGCUUCAGACAUGUGGUUCACACUCUGGACUCAAGAUAUGAGCUGCCUGGUCGGAAAUUUUUUAGCCAUAAGUGUCUGCCAGAGCUGUACACGGAGGUACGGGACAGAGUCAUGAACGAAAUCCGCCACCUUGAAGCCUACUCGGCCACUACUGAUUUAUGGUCCAGCCGAACUACUGAGCCAUACAUUAGCCUCACCAUCCACUUCAUUGACGAUGACUGGAAGUUGCGCAGCAGAUGCCUACAGACCGCCUUCUUCCCCGAAGACCACACCGGAGCAAUAAUUGCGUUAGGACUGAAGGAUGCACUUUCCGCCUGGGGCUUGGAUGAAGCGCGUUUGGUGUGCAUGACGACUGACAGCGGUGCAAACAUGGUGCGCGCUCUGGAAAUCAAUAAAUGGACGAGACUCGCAUGUUUUGGACACAGACUGCACAACGCUAUUGAGAGGAGUGUCCAACAUGAUGCUCGAGUUGCACGGGCCACAGGUAUGUGCAAAAAAGUGGUCAGCACAUUCUCCUACAGCUGGAAAAAGAAGAAUGCCCUGACCAGUGCACAGAGAGAGCUGAACCUGCCCCCCCACAAGCUGAUCACAGAAUCCCCAACAAGGUGGGGGUCCCGUGUCAAAAUGAUGGAAAGGGUGUUGGAGCAGGAGAAGGCCAUCACUCAAGUCCUGGCGGCAGACCAAAAGUCACGCCACCUUCUACCCACCUGGCAAGACAUUGAUGUGUUGGAGGCCAUAACCAAAGCACUGAAGCCUCUGCAAGAUUUUACAGAUGCCCUUUCAGGAGAGGAGUAUGUUAGUGUCUCCUAUGUUAAGCCAGUCCUCCAUCUACUCAAUACAAACAUUUUGAAGCCAGAAGAAGACAAAGCAGGACUGUGCGAGGACAUCAAGAAGAGGGUCUUGGAUUAUUUGAAUGAAAAAUACAAAGAUCCUGCCACUGAUGAGCUGCUCAACAUGGCAACAUUCCUGGACCCACGGUUCAAGACCACCUACAUGUCACCUGAUAAGUUGGAGGAAGUGAGGAGCAGAGUAGCUACAGAAACCAAAGCACUGGAAGAGAAGACAGCCACAGAUGCCUCUUCCACAGAGGACCAAAGCGAGAGGGAAACUAGCACUGUACAACUGAAAAAGCCCAAACACAGCCUGGGCAGUUUCUUCUCAAAGUGUAGCAGUGCACCACCAAAGCAGCAGGGCUUUGACAUGGAGCUAGAUGGCUACCUGCUGAUGGUGACGGCUGACAGUGACUCUGAUCCACUGGAGUGGUGGCGUCUCCAAUGUUCCCACUUCCCGCGCAUUAGCCGUCUGGCAAAAAAAUACUUAUGCAUCCCAGCCACAAGCUCACCCUCCGAGCGUGCAUUCAGCACAGGGGGCAAUAUUGUAACAAGCUCCAGGGCAUCACUGAAGCCAGAAAAUGUUGACAGGUUGGUGUUCCUGGCAAAGAACUUGAAUGUCUAG